AUUAAGAUAGCGUCGCUUGCGAGGUGAGUUUCCAGCUUCACCUGUCGUCUAGCUCCCGUCUUUGGCUCCGGUCCUCGGCUCCGGUACCCCCCUCGCAGAUACCUUCCCCCGUCGUCAUGGAUAAGGAGGAGGUUAAUGGAGCCUGGACCCAUCGCUCGUUGACUUGAACAUGGGCUUCCCAAACUGACACACAUGACCCCCACAGCACAUAUGCCACAGACGCCACAUCAGGCAACGGGUCGGGAGGGACGGGAACCAGCGGCACGGCAGCGACAGCCACGACGGUCAACACGCCAUCAGGCCAAGUGACGCUCGAGUGUCCCGCAGCCAACGGGACCACGUACACGUCGACGAAGGGGAGCCAGCCCAAGACGUUCCUCAAGACGUGCGAUUGGAUGCUCAACGACGGCGACGGCGACCUAGGCCUGGCGAAGGGCACCUUCCUCAACAUGGCGUCGUGCAUCGACGCGUGCGCUCAGCAGACUAAGUGCGUCGCCGUCGUCUUCAACUCCACGCCCUCGUGCUACCUCAAGGAGUUUGUCUAUUACAAAACGGCCACGGUCGGCUACGAGUACGCCGUCCUACAAACAUGACACGGCUCGAGCCUUUUAGACCCCCUUUUGUAUCCUUUUUAUAUAUUUCUUCUUCUUCUGCUUGCCGGACAUAAUGUGGCACACGAUGACCCGGAGCCAGGUGUUUUAUUUUUCUUUUGGGGUGGGGGAGGCGGAGGGGCGGUGGUGUAUUUGUUUCCGAAGAGUCUUUGAACCCGAGUUGCUUUUGACUCGGUGGUGCCCAGGCGGAACUGGUAGCAUAUAAGAGGCGCAUCGCACAGACACACGCCCACACACAUAUAUAUACAUGUCAUAUAAACAACAUCGAGGGUUGGCUGACUGGCGGAAUCCAGCACGUUCAUAGGAAGAGAACAAACAAAAACAUUUACAAAUCGAAAC